UUAUAGUGGUUAUAUAGUUAAAGUGGUAAACAUCUCCUUUUGCAGUAAAAUGUAUGAAAAUAUGGAUAAUAGUAUAGAUAAAACUACAACAAUGGACAGAGGAGAAAAUGAAGAAAGGAUUGAUGAUAUCUACAUCAAUGAAGAGGCUGUUAGAUAUCUUACACACAAGAAAGAGAUGAAGGAAUCUAACAGGACAACAACCAAACCACCUGAACCCACAGGAAGUGAGUUUGUGAUGAAGAGAAGUUACAGAUCAGUUACAGUGUGUUUGCUGCUGCUGUGUGUUCUUCUACUGACUGCAGUCAUAGUGCUGUGUGUCCUGAUCAUAACAAUCAUAAACCAGUCUCACAUUACCAGCAAAAGCAUCACAGAAGAGAGAGACCAGCUACUAACCAACAAUACCAACCUCACAAAAGAGAAAAGCCAACUACUAUUAAAUAAUAAAAAUUUGACAACAGAAAAUGGUAGAUUAUUAACCAAUCUUAAUAAACAAAGAGAGCAGUUAAAUGCAACGAUGGAGAUUCUAAAAAGAGAUGGAUUGGCAGUAUUUCAAUCUAGUUUGUACUUCAUUUCAUCUGAGAAGAAGACCUGGAGUGAUAGCAGAACAAACUGCAUACAGAGAGGAGCAGAUCUGAUCAUCAUUAACAAUCAAGAGGAACAAGAUUUUUUUAAGAAUAUGCCUGGUCCAAACUGGAUUGGUUUGUCUGACAGCGAUGUUGAGGGCACAUGGAAAUGGGUUGACGGUAGCACACUGAACACUAGCUUCUGGGAAAAAUCUUUAAUUGAGCCCAAUGGUAACACAAAUGAGAACUGUGCUGUAACUUAUUCAUUAGGGUGGGCUGAUUUACUGUGUACUAAAACUUUUAACUGGAUCUGUGAGAAAAACAUGUUUAAAUGAGAUACUUCUUUCAGUAAACUGUGAACACCAAAACUGUCCAGUCAUUUUAGACAGUCUGUCUGAGCAGAAUAAAAUUUACUAAAUGAAAUGUAAAAACGACUUGGUUCAACUUAAAAGUAUGGGGCUGUUUCAGGGGUUAUGUACAGGCCUUAUACUAGUCCCAGACUGAAAUGUAUGUUUGAGCUGCCUUCAUUUUAAAACAUCUUGUACUGACACAUCUUAUUUCAGGGCCAUUGUUUUGUCACUGAUGCACACCAGUUAUGUUUAUUGUAAGGUUUCUUUGUAAAAACUACUUAAAUCUCCUAAUAUAACUACCUGUAAGGUCUAGUCCUGGAUUAAUCUAAACCCUGUCAAGAAAACUGCACCUAAGUUACCUGGUUGCCCUAAAAUUUUGAGUUAAUUCAACUUAAAUAUAUUAGUUGACAAAAUGAUUUUUACAUAGCCUUUUUUAGUUCAAUAAUAUUUUAAGUUAAACCAACAAAUCUCUUUUUGCAGUGUAUACUUAUAAGAGUAAACCUCUGCAGCAAAACUUCUGUUUAUUAUUCCUACUGUCUAUUAUGGCUAUGCAAAUAAUUAUUUGUUUCA